CUCACAGACGAUAAAUCCCUGGACGGCAAAAAGAUGUGGAGAUUGUUAACUUCUCAGGGUUAAUGUCUUAUGGACACAGGCCUACGACAACCGCCACCGUGUAGUCGGCACGAUCGGCUUGUAUGUCUAUCUUCCCUUAUUCGCCCGCUCCACAACUUUCAGGUGUGCCACCUCACGUUGGCACUUCCUGGAGUUGGCAAGAUAUUGGACGACGAGCACUAGCCAGGAGCAGACGAGUGGCUGUCCCAAGCUUCAUGCAUGGGCCAUCAAGAUCCACAGUGGGAGGACUUGCGCAUGAGGAAGCGGGAGCUGCUAUGAAUUACGAGAGCCAACUCGGUGCUCGUGUCGAUGAGAUUUCCCGCUUUCUCGAUACAGUUGAAGCAGUCAACGUCUUUCUUCUCGUGAUCAAUCCGUGUGACUUCGCACAAUCGGUAGAAAACAUUUAUCAUCUCUCGUUUGUCCCGGAGUUCUCCUUGGAGGAUUUCGAAAGGGUGGGUAUUCUCGACGGAGGGAAGUCAAUGGAUAUAGAUACAAAUGUUCUCAAGCAGCGCUUCUCGGGUAAGGAGACGGCUUCAGUUAUCGCCUCCACAGAUGGAAAGGGCAAGUGCUGCGUCGGAUCACGGGACCGAAUGAAGCAGAGGUUCACAGCUGGACUGUCAAUGGCAUUCUUGAUCUGCAAGGACGUCUUAAAACAGUGAUCAAUCUCCACGGCGUGGACGAUGUACCUGUGGUGGUGCCGAACGUGCGAGAUGUACAUGGGAGCCUCUUCCAUCCGUCAGAGUACUCCAAGCGACUGGACAACAGCACUCCGGUGGCAGGUGGAAGUCCUGUUGCGACUCUGGACUUUUGGGCCAGAGAACGAACGUCCCAUUCACACAUCUACUUUGAAGUUCCUGCGUGUGCUACCAUUGACAGAGAUACCAAAAGCUGUGUUGCCUGAGAGCAUUGAAACUUCGACGCACCCCGUGACCAUAAAGGGAAACGAAAGGCGGAUGGCCCUCCUGCGCAAGGUGGUCCCACUAGUCAGUAAGGAAGGCAGCUAAGAUGACCGCGGCGUCCGCGUAGUUCGUGACUUGGGUUUC